AUGGCUACCACUACCACUGUCGUUGAACAACCCAGCGCACCCAUCACAGCUAUUGAUGAUGGACGCAUGAAGAUGGACGGAUCUGACCCUGUGUUCGAGGACUGGAGAGAUGAUCUCCUCCGAGAUGGCUAUACAGUUAUCAAAGGAGCCAUUCCGCGUGAGCGAGCCGACGGGUACGCUGACAAGAUGUAUUCGCUCUUGGAGUCUUUCGGCUUGGGUUACGACCGCAAUGACCCUUCCACUGUCCACCCUGACAAGCUCCCCGUCAUCAACGAGAAGGGCAUGUUGAUGUCUUAUGGUGCUUGCCAUGAAGACUUUGUUUGGAACAUUCGCAGCGAGCCCGGCGUUGUUGGUGCAUUUGAGAAGGUCUUCAACACUGAAGACCUGAUUGUCUCCUUCGAUGUCAUCAACUAUGGGUUCGCAAACCGCUCUAACCUGCCCGAGAACAAGCCUUGGCCUCACCAGGACCAGGAUCCCGAAAAGCCCGGCUUCCGCUGCCUCCAGGGCCUGGUUAACCUGCACCCUUGUGGCCCUAACGAUGGUGGUCUUAUUGUCUGCAAGGGAUCCCACAACCUCAGCGCCCAAUUCCACGAGGAGCUCAAAGACGAGCCCCGCAUCCCAGCGUGGACGAAGGAAUGGUACGGAUUCACUGAUCGCGGCAUGCAGUGGCUCAAGGAUCACGGCGGGGAGUGGAUCAAGGUUUGCGCCGACCCUGGCGAUCUGAUUGUCUGGGACUCUCGGGCGGCGCACUACAAUGUCCCCGUCAAAGGAGAUAUUGAUCGCAUGGCUGUUUACACAUGCUACAUGCCCGUUGCCGACGCCACUCAGGAGGACCUUGUGCGAAAGAAGGCUGCAUAUGAGGCCCGACUUGGAACUACCCACUGGCCAAACGCCAGACAUACCGGCUCUAAUGCUGCUGUUAGAAACGGAAAACCUGACCAUGUUGUGCGGGAGAGGCCGCUCAAUGAUGCGACCUUGAGUGAGAGAGCCUUCAAGCUCACGGGAAUUCCUUACAUCCGCACAACGGCUUGA